UCAUAACUCUUAUGCCAUAUUUGUAAAAAUGGCAAUAUUGCUUCCCAUCUUCAUAUUGUUAUCUUUGUUUCGCAAUAUCAUAUUUCAUAUUGUGUAAUUCUCCUCCCACUUGUAUUGUUCGCCGAGCAGCGGAGUUGGAAGCUCUUGUCUGAUUGGUCCGCAGCAGCGGCGGCAGAGCUAGGAGCUCCACUCUGAUUGGCCCAUGACAUCAACUGAGGAGCUCGUCUCUGAUUGGUCCAUUUCCAAUAAUCCGCCAUAUUCAAACUUCCGCCGUGUUGUGUUGUGUGUGUGUUCUCGGUCCCAUUCUGUUGUGCUCCUUUAUUUUUUCAAUUGGCCUUUGUUUUCCGACCCGAUUCUGUCAUUGUCAAAUUGACAUUUUUCAAAACGGAAUGGACGAAAGCGAAGUUGUGAACGCAGCAGGGACGUCGUGGAAAACGUCAUCGAGCUCGUCCCCGGCCAGAGUCAGCAGCCCGGCUGAGCCUUCGCCGAGAACGCUACGCAGAAAUAACUCAAAAAAACCCCUGCUGCAGAGAGGAAGCUCCUUCACCUUCCUCGCUCCAGGCACACCGUGGGACUUCAGUCUGAAGCGAAAGCGCAAAGAAAAGGAAGACGACACGGUCAGCCUGUCCAGUUUCGACCUCAAGGAGCCGACACACAAGAAAGUGCGACCGCUGGCCAGAGUGUCGUCUCUCGUCAACUUCAUGUCUCCGUCCAAGAACGGAGCGGUGCGACGUUUCGGUCAGACCAUCCAGUCCAUGUCGCUGCGCGGGGACGGCAAGUCUCCGGGCACGUCGCUCCGAGGCGGCGGCAAGGCGGCCGCGCCCACUCCCAGCAAGCGAAGGAACAGCACGCUGUGGUCGGAGACGCUGGACGUUCACCAGAAGAGCUCCUUCUCCUCCAAGGAGAUCAAGCGACAGGAGGCCAUUUACGAGCUCUUCAGGGGAGAGCAGGAUCUCAUCGAGGAUCUCCAGCUUGCACGAAAGGCGUACCACGACCCCAUGCUCAAGCUGUCCAUCAUGACGGAGGAGGAGCUGGCGCACAUCUUCGGGGAUCUGGACGCGUACAUACCGCUGCAUGAAGAUCUUUUGAUGAAGCUGACUGACGGAACGGGCCCCGACGGGACGGUGGCUCAGAUAGGACAAAUGGUGAUCGACUGGCUUCCGGGCCUGAACGCGUACAGAAACUACUGCAGCAACCAGCUGGCGGCCAAGGCGCUUCUGGACCAGAAGAAGCAGGACCGGCGAGUGCAGGACUUCCUGCAGCGCUGCCUGGAGUCGCCCUUCAGCCGCAAGCUGGACCUGUGGAGCUUCCUGGACAUCCCGCGCUCGCGCCUGGUCAAGUACCCGCUGCUCCUGCGGGAGAUCAUGAGGCACACGCCCGCCGACCACCCGGACGUCGCCAACCUGGAGCGGGCGGUGGCAAUCAUCCAGGGGAUUCUGUCGGACAUCAACGUGAGGAAAGGCGAGUCGGAGUGUCAGUACUACGUGGACAAGCUGGAGUAUCUGGACGACAAGCAGCGGGACCCUUUGAUUGACAGCUGCAGGAGCUUGUCGUGCCACGGCGAGCUGCGGAACAAGAGCGGCUCGACGCUCGCGAUAGACAAUGCGGCCCUUGGAAGAAAAAGUUUCACGAUGAUGAUGAGAACAUUGUCGUCGUGGUCGCAGAGGCUGCACGUGUUCCUGUUCUCGGAGCUGCUGGUCCUGACGCGGCCGGUGACGCGCAACGACAGGAGCUGCUUCCAGGUGUACCGGCAGCCCAUCCCGGUCCGGGACCUGGCGCUGGAAGACCUGCAGGACGGCGAGAUCCGCAUGGGGGGCUCCUUCAGGGGGGCCUUCGCCAACGGCGACAAAGCCAAGAACGUUUUCCGCGUGAGUUCGUCAGACCCGUCCCACGGCCAGUCGCACACGCUUCACGUCAACGACGUCUACCACAAGCAGCAGUGGCUCAACUGCCUGCGCAGCGCCGUGGCCCAAUCGGGCGCGACGCCGGGCGCCGGCGUCGCCCGCGCCAAGCGGCGCUCGGCGGCCGUCCACGACGGAGACGAAAAAUGUCCGGCGGCGGGGCCUCGCCUCAGGCCGCAGAGGUCGCGGGUCUCCCUCGACAGGAAAGAGACGGGAGUGUAGAGAUGGCUGGACGAAUGAACGGCUUCGCCACUGGUUUCAUGUUUUUAAUACUUGCAGCAGACUGGACAUUAAAAAAAGGCAAUUCCUGUCAUUUCUCUCCGUGUUUGUCAGAUUGAUUUGAUGUCUUUUGACUCCAAUGAGGUGUUGUCGAAGUUCGUGAUUCCCAGCCAGUGUGAUGUGCCACAAGAAACGAUUCCAUUUCACUUUAUUGGUCUGAAAAUGACUAUUUAUUGAAUACUAGUAGCAUGUUUUUGUUGGUCUCUCCGUGCCAGUGACAUAUGGUGACAGGCAAAACAGUGAAAUUGUUUCCACUACAGAUGGCAGAAUGUCCAAUUAACCUGUUUAUCACUUUUGUAAUACUUUUGUUUGGUGGUGUGCCAUGAGAUUUUUAUCCAAUUGAACAAAUGUGUGCCAACAAUAGAGCUAGCCCGCUCCAGUUCUUAGCGGCUGAGUGGAUUUUUCAUAUUUUGUUUUCUAUUAUUUGAGAAUAUGAAGUAACAUUUGUGCCUCAAAAAUCAACGGUGCCCCUGAGAACUAGAGUGGGCCAACUCCACUGUGUCCAUUUAUUGGCUCCAUUAUUGAGCCAAGGAAGAUUUUACAGUAUUUAUUUAUUUUUAAUAGUUCUACACCACCGAGCAAAAGGGUCACAGAAGAAUAUAACUGAAAUAAUCAUUUUGUAAAAAAAAAUGAACUCAUAAAUUUACUUCCUCUGAAAGUACAGAAUGAACCUAUUAAUCAAUGAAGUAAAGUUAGAUCGUUUCCCGCGGCAGCACGGUGAUUGGGAGUCACUGGUCUAAGUGGAUUUUGGGAUUUUCUAAGUCUCACUGUCAAUUAGUCCCACUUAUUUUUCAUGUAAAGUUGGUGUCAUUGCAACUUUGUAGUCAGCAGAUUUUGCAUCAUGUUUGUUUCGUUUUACAAGCAAGCCUACAAAAAGAUAACAUUUGUGGAGAAAAGAAAGUGAGUUUUCAUGUUAGCAUUGGAAGCGCUCCGAGAAAAUAAAACCUGCUAGU